ACGUAAACUUGGUGUGAGAUGAGUACAUUCCCAGGGUAGGUAAAACACUAGAAUUAAACUGUAAUGUAGAGAUCUUGUUCGUAAGACACACAUAUGUGAAUUCAGCUUAUAGGUCUAAAUUCAGGCUUCUCUCAUGUUGCAGAAGCGACAGUGAAACCUCUGCACGCUGUCAAAAUAGCACAGAACCAAUAACAAGGAUGUCCAAUGUAUGUUGCAGGGGAGACGUUCGGGUCUUUGUGAUAUUUUUUUCAUAGAUGUUUGUCGUUGUGGCUUUUAGAGAACUGACCCAGUGAUGUUAAUCCGCAUUGCUUUCUUUUCCUACUUCAUGCAUUCAGCGUAUCUUUAGAUAUAGCUUGAAAUUCGGGAGCUUAUACUGGACGCACAGGAAAAACCAGGAGCUGCAGUCCAGGUGAGCUGUUAGUGACCAAGAUGUGUGACUGUUUUUCAAGGCCCAGCACCCUACUGCAAAAAUGCUUGUGAAGGCUUGCCACAUGCAAGAGCAAGAAGUUGGAGAUGGAACUAGCUUUGUCCUUGUUCUUGAUCAAGUCCUGCAGAAAUUAGCCUUCUGAGGCUGGGAUUAUCAGUCUCAGAGGCAAGCUCUAUUGCUCCUGCUGUUCUGGAGAUUUAGUUCACACUGCCAUUGGUCAUAGAACUGUGACUAGUCUGCUUUCUUCCAAAUGAAUUUUUAGUCAGAGGUGUAUGGAGAAGAGCACUGUAUGUUUCUGUUGCUUGUGAUUGUUUGCUUCCCUUGUAAGCUUUUCCAUUUGUUUAUGUUGUAUGGCCCUUUUCCAAGGAGGUAGAAGCAAUACGAAUGCACAGCCAGGUGAAAUAUUUGUUGUCUGCUGCACAGGUGAGUGAAAGAUAUGAAAACGUUGGCAAGGAAGCCCUAGACAUUCUUCCAGACGGGGUGUGCUGUUCGCAAUGAACCUUGGAGAUUUUGAAGUGGCAUCUGUGUUGCGUCUUUCAGUCAUACGCAGAAAGGAUGGCACUGAAGGCUUCUUUUGUUGAAGCUUAUUGCUCAGGCCUGUAGCAAGUGGAUAAGAACAUACCUGUGCACGCGUCUAAAGACUUCAGUGGCUUGACUAACUUCUUCAUAGAAGACAAAAGUUGUGGUUAGUUUAUCAGGGUAAACUGAUGGAAUACAGCAGCCUCUGAAAUUAGUAUGACAUUGAACUCUUUGCUGACACUGUGGCUCAGAAAAGACCUGUACUUUCUACUAAAUCUUUACGGAAAUAGCUUCCUGCUUUUAUCUUUCAAGCAGAAAACCCUUUUUCGUAGACUUUGUUGGCAUUGCGAGGAUACACGAAGAGAAUUCUGCAGAAGGGGGGGGUGUGAUUUAAAAGGCUAAGAGAACACACUGAGUGUGUUGGCUUGCUUUCUCAACUGCUAACAUAUCCAAUCAAAGCCUAGGAACUGAAUCAAGAAAGGAAGGGUUGCACAUCUUCCGUUUAUGGCAUUCUCAAAAUGUACGUAGUGUCUUGUUCUAGUUGGACCUACAGAGCAGCCUCUGGCAGACCACUGGCAUUGCAGAGCAUCACCUUGCUGAAGCAGCGCUAUUGAAGUCCCUAAGCAUUUGCAAGGAACAGUGACAAACUGGUAAGAGAUUGCUGUUUGCUUGUGUUAACCUUGCCUGCCUGGGAGCCUGAUUUCCCUCCCCAGCUGGAGAAGCUGGAGGGACAUCAAGGAGGCUGGAAGGGGGCUAUUCAGGGGACCACACAGGGAAGGGGAAGCAACGGCCAGCUGAGGGCUGAUCCCUUUUAAAUGGCUUGAUUUGCUUCUUGGCUCUUGAGUCAAAACACCCAGAGCUACGUUGCAGGACCAGCAAUAUGCCUGCUCCGGCUGCUCCAGACAGAGCCACACUGUGAUGUCACUGUGAUGGUGACACUGGGUCGUCACGGUGACGUUUGAGCUUCCCCCACCAGAACCCCCAGACAGUCCGUUGAGCCUCACGGGCUGACUGGCAGCACCAGCAGUAGCCUCUGGCAGAAAUGGCUGCAGACGGAAACUCGAGUGACAACGAGAUAAAUGACAUCAAACAGGAGCCACUGCCAGAAGACAUGUCGUACGGUUUAGCUCCAGACGAGCUGUUUGAGUCUUCGGACUCCCCUGCUCCUGAGCCUCUGGCACAGGAUAAAGGAGCAGCUUGUGAUGCUCCUGGAGCAUCAACAAGGGGAGAAAAAGAUCCCCAAGCUCUCCCUGAGGACCCUGAGACCAAACACCUUCCUCAUCAUUCUUCUGAGGAGGACGCUGGCCAGGACAACGUCUUCUCAUCCCUCGGCUUCCCAAGGAAACUCUGGCAACUGGCUGAAAGUGAGGAAUUUAAGGCCAUCUGGUGGGGUCACUCUGGAACCUGUAUCGUGAUCGACAAGGAAAUGUUUGAAGCGGAAGUGCUGGGAAGGACAAGCCCUCCGAGAGUUUUUGAGACUGAGAGAAUGCAAAGUUUCAUCCGUCAGCUUAAUCUCUAUGGAUUCAGAAAACUGCAGCAGGACCUGCAAAGCUCUGCCUCGCUUCCUGAUCUUCCUAAAGAAGAGGAUGCAUUUUCUGCUCCUAGGAAGCUACUCUACUACUAUAACCCCAACUUCAAGAGAGCUGCUCCCCACCUGCUCAAGAACUGCAAGCGACGAGUUGCCCCCAAGAGGAAAGCCCUGCAGGCGGGGCUGGAUGAGAGCUGCCCCAGCAGCAGCCUAAAUUCCCAGCCUGGCUGCAGAGACCUUGAUAUGGAGGAGGACGACCCCAUGGCAGCAGCUCCAGCAGAAACACAGCCAGCGGCACGCGCAGGGUCCCCAGUCCCCAGGCACUGGGCAAAAGCCACCCCUGAAGCCAGCGGAGCCCCGACAGCCUCGCAGGGAGCUUCUCCCACCCUGCCAGAUCCUGCUGCAGCAGCAGGCAGGGCCAAGCAGCAGCGUCUGGACCCCUCCCUGCUGCUAGCAGGCAGCAGCCACACCUCAGCUGCCGCUCCUGCUCCCUCCCCACACCACGUCCUCCCUUCCCACAUCCCCCUGUGCCCAAACGCAGGAGCUCCGCAGGCUCCCCCGGCUGCCCUGCCUCCGUGCCGUCAGCUACCCUUUCCACUGGCCUUGCUGGCAGUCGCCUCGGCUGCAGCCCUUUUGCAGCCAUACAGCUGGCAGUGCCUGGCAGCCCCACACUGCCCGACCUGCACCUGCGAACAAGACAGGGCAGCUGCCGGAGACACAAUGGCACCCAGGCAUGGCACCCGCUAGACAGAGCACGGAUAGCAGCACCCCCUCACACGUUCAUAGUCUCUUAGUUCAUAGGUUGAUAGUGCUGGAGUUCAACUGUUACAAUAAGAAAACGUUCCCAGUUCCACUUGGUUAGGUCAUAGAUUGA